AUGAAUUUGUUCAGAGUAAAAAAAAGACCUUAGAAGGGCUAACUUACUCAUACAAAUUAAAGCAUCCUGAGGAGAAAAGCUAAGGAACAACUAAUUCAAACUUUGAAUGAUUUGGUAGAGGAGGCAGAGCAGAGAUUAGACAUUAUCAAAAACUAAAAAAGUGGUCAACUAGAUGAUAAAAAGAAAGAUCGUGAAAAACUCGAUGCUAAAAUUGGCAAGAAGGAUCAAAAGAUUAAAUAUUAUAGAAGAGAGAUAGAGAGGCUCAAGAGAGAAAUAGAUGAUACUUACAAUUUGGAGAAAAUUAUAUAAUUAGAAAACAUACUUACAGAUUUAUCGAGAUAAAGAGGAGGUCUCGAAGAAGAAAUCAAAAGUCUAGAAGUGGUCGGUAAUUAUCAGCAAUAAGCAGUGACUGAUGAAGAGCAUAAAUAGAAAAAGGGCAAAGACACUGUUUUAAUGCUUGAUGAAGAACAAAAAAAACUAAGGGAGAUUAAAAAAGGGUUGCAAAGAGAGCUCAAAGUGGAAUAAGAAAAUUAGCUCAACGUUGAGAAGGAUCUAAAUAAAGUUCAGGACUCUAAUUAGAGGCUGUUGAGGGCAAUUGAAAAAAAGAAGGCUCAGAAUGAUCCAAUUGUUAAUAGAUCUAUGGAUUUGGUAAAUAAAGAUUGCUGGGAACUCUAGGCUAAAUUAGAUGAGGAAAAUAAAAAAGUGAAGCUCCUUUACAAAACUUAAAUGGAUGUAGAUUAGUAGAUUCAUGAAGUGGAGAGCAAGAAACAGAUAAUUUAGCUUUAACAACUAGAAGUAUAAAACGUGAUAAAGGAAUAAGAAAUUAUUAUAAAGCAACUUUAAAGAAUUCUAUAAUAAACACAAGAGAAUACAAAUUAGGUUGAUCCCUCCACUCUACAGAAACAUUCUACUAGUCCUAUUAGGAAUCUAAGUGAGCUAAUGAAGCCAAUCGUUAUGUUCAAACAAGCCAAUUAAUUGAAGCCUGCUUUCAACAAUCAAACCUAGCUGAUUUAAACCUUGCAAAAAGCAAAGAAGUUUGAGGAGUUUGCUGAUAUGAAAAAAAAAUAAAUUCAAUUCCUAUGA